AUGGCAAGCACUGAGAAAUCAGCGACUACCAGCGAUGCCGCACCCCGAGCAGGAGAUAGCUUCGAAGAUGACAGCCACAUUGUCAAGAAGGGCGCAAGCGCAGACCAGCUUGAUAUGAGAAAAAUGGGUAAAGUCCAGGAGGUUCGCCGAGACUUCCGUACCGUCUCGAUGUUCGGCUUCUCGCUCAUCCUGAUGUGUUCUUGGGAGGGCAUAUUGAGCACGGCGUCACUAGGCCUGCUAAGUGCGUUAGGCUGCGGAAACGGUGGAUCCGCUGGCGUUCUCUAUACGAACUUGGCUACGUGGGUCGGGUUCAUCGCCGUCUAUGCUUCAUUGGGUGAGAUGGGCAGUAUGGCACCCACUAGUGGUGGACAGUAUCACUGGGUCAGCGAGUUUGCGCCCAGGAAGCACCAGAAGUUUUUGAGCUACAUCGUUGGCUGGCUCGGCGUACUCGGCUGGCAGACAGGUGUAGCUUUCUCCGGCUUCCUGGUAGGCACGCAGAUCCAAGGCCUCCUGCGAUGGCACGGCACGCUUCUCAUUCUCGGAAUGUUGGCCUUGGCAGUCCUAUUCAACACAUUCCUGGCCCACAGUCUACCUCUGCUCGAAUACAUCGUACUCGUCAUACACCUUCUAGGCUUCCUGUGUAUCCUCAUCCCACUCUGGGUGUUGGCGCCAAAGACACCAUCUGCUCAAGUAUGGACCACAUUUGUCAAUUCGGGCUGGUCGAGUCAAGGACUAUCGUGUCUGGUGGGCAUCGUGGCUAGUGUUGCACCUCUCCUUGGUGCUGAUGCCGCUGGCAAGUUUUGGCGUCGAACAGGAAAAUGGGACGAGAAUGGCAGCUAA